GCCUCCUCCACGCAGUGCCGCAAACGCUCGUCUCGUCUUGGGUCUCGGAGGUGACGGGGCGAGAAGGCCACACAGGAUAUCUACCCACGGUCCUCACGCCAUCCGACCGACGAUGCCGAGCACGUGACGACGAGGACGCCGGCAGCACGACGAGUUCUCUUCCCAGACGACAGCCCCGACUGACGGUCGGAGCCUCCCUUUUAUCCUCCCCGGCGUGGCCAGGCUCCGCCCUCGGCCACGGCCCCUUUUGGCUCUCAUCAGAAGGUCCCUCACUCUGCCCACGUGACUCACUGGCAGGCCGGGCUGCUGGACCCAUAAUCCCCCUCUCUCCGAGCUUCCCGUGUCCCUACUCGAGUGACUCAUUCUGUCACGACAAUGGUGUCCAAUAGACACUGAUGAUAAUGUACAUAGACAAGCUGAUAAUGUACAUAGACAAGCUCCUGAUAAUGUACAAUAAACAAACUCCACUCAGUCAUGUUUACAGGGCACGCGCAGCGUUUAAAAUAUAUAUAUAUUUUUAUCGCUUUGCAUGAUUUGUGAAGAUAUUUGUCGAUUCUUUUUGUUCCAAAAUCAUGGAGAUGUCGAGGCUCCAGGGCUGACUUGGUACGAGAGGUGGAUCGUCCACCAGACACACGGACGAGCGCAUUAUUACACGGGAAGAUGAUGCAGCAUAUAAAGUACAUCAGCUUCGGAAACUUUUCAUUUUGCGGCCACGGUGUCAUCAUCGAGGAGCGUGUGGAGUUAAGUCCGGCGAUCUGUAUUCGUGCUGGAGGUGCAGCUACACGCAAACGCAUCGCAAUGACAGCGCCACGGGAAACCUAUCGCGAUCAUGAUUUAUCUUGACUAAUGAUACCGCGUGACGAGCCCAGUGGCUGCGAAGGUGCUGUUCUCGUCCAUAGACCCUGGCUGCAGCGCAAGAGACGCGCUGGGAUCGAAUCCGGAUUCUCACCGCACGGAUUCUCGGUGACGGCGAGUUGAUGGUCUCGGUCACGAGCGACCGCCCAACGCCUCCGCCGUGCACGGACGUUCUCGUGUUCCACUCAAGUCGACUUACUCGAGGAAUGGACGAUGUGGGCUGUGGAUUCGUCCGCGUCUCAGGGCACUCAGUCGGCGCCGUUGAGGAGCUGGAUUUGAAUCCGGGUCUGAGCCGUCCGUGGUUGAACCGCGGGAGUCGACGGCUGCAGCCCGCUCGGGUCGCCCCGUUCGUGCACGCGCGGCCCCCUGGCGAACCCACUGCUGGAUGAAUGCGUCCAUCGUCGCAAUGAUUUGACCAAAUUUCACCACGCUGGUCAAUAUGGAUUGGUGAAGGAGGGAGCGUCAACAGUGCAGUACAAUAGAUUGUUAUCUCAUUUUACGUUGACACGGAGAUAGCCUUAACUCCAGGCGCUUUACAUGAAUGAGAGUGAUUUAGAUAGUGUUGGUGUACGGUGCUUUUUCUGCAAUAUUUUGCUGUUUUUUCUUGGAUUUUCUGUUUGCACAUAGUCACUUUAAGAUGUUUUCUUGUUCAUGUUUUUUUUUGUUGCGGUUGCACCCGAUUCAAGAGCCGAAUGGCUCACAGGGCUACACCAAAUAAAUGACCUUGAACUUGAGCAACGGCGCGCAAUGGCCGAGAAAUCGAGUGACCAUCAGAGAAGGCACGUGGGGGUUGUGCCAUCAGAGGCGAGAGUUUCCCGUGCUCUGGUUUGCUCCCACCAUUGUGACCGAAAAGACGGCUGGGCCAAUGCGUGUAGUACGCAGGGCUACGUGGGGAGCGGUGGCGCAGUGGUUAGGGCACCGCGCCACGAACACGGCCACCCGAGUUCACGGCUAACGCCAGUGACGAAAAUUUGAAUCGGUCCUGGGCCUUCCCGAAGUCGACUCAGUCUCAAAUAAGUACCUGCUUCGAUGUGUAAACAUCGCCACUCGGGAGACAAAGACGGCCGGGCUUGGUGCUUGCCAAAACCCCCCUCGUGCACCGUGCCGGCCUUCAUAGGUGCUCACUUAGAGCACUUGCCCCAAAAAUUUGUGGAGGCCAUACGGGAUAUCUUUGUCUUUGCCUUAGCAGGGAGCGUCUCUGCCGCAGCAGCGAGGAGGAGGGAGGAGUUGAGGCUCGAGCAAAGCGCAGCGCAAUAACGCAGCCGCAACAUCACCACCAUCACCAUCACCACCAGCAUCACCACCACCAGCAUCACCACCACUAUCAUCACCACCACCAUCACCACCACCAGCAUCACCACCACCACCACCACCACAACAUCACCACCACCAUCACCACCACCAACACCACCACCACCUCUGUGUGUCUCUCUGUCUCACGGCGUGCGCGGUUCGGGCCGUGCAGCAUGGAGGAGCACGCGUGGACGGCCAGGAGCCUCCUCUGCAGCUUCUUCGACUACAAGACGGAGAAGUUCGUGAUCGCGCACAACCGCACCGUGGGCGUGCUGUUCCGGGCCAUACAAGUCGCGGUGCUCGCCUACCUCAUUGGUUGGGUGUUCGUGACCAAGAAAGCAUAUCAGGAGACUGAUACCGGCAUCGAGAGCUCCGUCAUCACCAAGGUGAAAGGAGCCGCCGCCCUGCUGGGGCGCGACGUCGCUGCGGCGCGGCCGUCACCGGCGCGCCCCCCACGACUCCCCGCGCGCCCCGACUCCGGUGUCCCCCGCGGGCCGGGGGCCCGGCGGCCAGAGCCCGACACGGCACGGCCAACUCAAGCGCCCCGACCGCGAGCCGCGGAGGGCGACUCCGACGCAACAGAGCAGCAGCAGCAGCCAGAUAGGCGGUUCCUGCCAGAGGCACUUUUGAAAAUCCGCCAACAGUCGGAGACUCAAGGGAAGGGAGCUGAGCCGGACUCCGCAUCUCUGCGACCUGCUUCACGGGGCAAUACGCCGCUCCGAGCGGGUGCAGAAAUGAAAGAGUCAAAGGUGAAAUUCCGAGAUCGGCAAACCGAUGCCCGUCGUCUUGAGCCCAAGGAGGGGAAGUUAACGCAAGGCUCAGAUGCCGCGCCGCCUGGCGAGUUGGUGUCUGAGCUCCAGCCCGACAUGACACGAGACCAACCCAGCGUCCCACUUACAAGUGGUGCAUUACACGGAGAUGCACAUGUUUGGGAUGCCGCUGACUAUGUCAUACCUCCACAGGGAGAGAAUGUGUUCUUUGUUGUCACGAACAUGAUUGCAACCCCUGGACAGUGUCAAGGCGUCUGUCCCGAGAAUCCUGACAUUCCUGGAGCGCAUUGCUCCAAUGACAGCGACUGCCCUUCUGGGGAACCGAUGGCGACUGGCAACGGAGUGCGCACGGGCCGCUGCGUGGCGAGCGGCGAGUCGGGGCGGCGGAGCUGCGAGGUGCGCGCCUGGUGCCCCGUGGAGAGCGGCGGCGGCGGCGGCGCCCCCAGGCAUCUCAUCUUGGCUGGAGCUGAGAACUUCACAGUGUUCAUCAAGAACAGCAUCCACUUUCCCAAGUUCUCAUUCCGCAACACGUCGUCUCGCAUCCUGUGCGUUUGUCUCCAACUUCAGGGAGUCUUCCUCUGCGACCUCGUCCUGCUCUACAUAAGCAAGAAGAGCCCCUUCUACCGAGAGAGGAAGUACGAAGAGGUGCAGACGUGA